AAUACGGGCUCACCCCUACGGAAAUGGACAACGCUCCAGGAUUGUCAUCUUCGGAACUGACGUGGGGGAAAUACUCUACCCCUGCAAUGAUGAACUUGCUUUGACAUGUUUUUUUAUUCUUCAGAAUUACGUAUGCUGCACACCGGUAACGCUCCCAUAAACACACCGACCUGCUCCCGAUUGUUAGCCAAGGAAAGAGCGGCGAUGGACGACAGCUGUCAACGCGAGCCAUUGUUUACAUUCGGCGUGAUCGCUGACGUUCAGUACGCCGACAUGGACGACGGGCUGAAUUUCAGCCAGACAAGGACGCGAUACUAUCGAAGUAGUCUUGGGCUGCUCCGAAAAGCCACGGAGAGCUGGACCCACUCGGCCGCCCGUCCAAAGUUCAUCAUUCAACUGGGAGACAUCAUCGACGGGUUCAACAAGGGUCAAGGCGCGUCAAGCCGAGCACUGGAGAAGGUCUUGCAAGAGUUCCGCCUCAGUGCCAUCGACGUUCACCAUGUGUGGGGCAAUCACGAGUUCUACAACUUCAGUCGAAGCGAGCUGUUCCAUUCCAAGCUGAACAGUUCCGUUCUUGGCGAUAGCAGCCUCGGUGGGGAUAUUUACGCCUACAGCUUCAGUCCCUUCCCCGGGUUCACGUUUGUCGUGUUGGACGGUUAUGAUGUGAGCUUGCUCGGUGUAGAUGAGGACAGUCUGCAGUACCACGCCGCUUUCAAUUGGAUAAGAAAGCACAACAGCAACGAGGACCUCAAUUCUCCUCCAGGUUCAUAUGAUGACCUCGAGCAGAGGUUCUCCAUGUUUAAUGGUGGUUUCAGCAAGAACCAGCUGGACUGGCUUGAUUCUGUUUUGGCUUUGACUGACAAGAAACAUGACAAAGUCACCAUUGUCAGCCACCUCCCGGUCCAUCCAUUGUCCACCACCCCCGUGUCCCUGGCCUGGAACUUCGAUGAGCUGCUAUCUACUAUCCGAUCUCACAGUAGUGUGGUGUGUUUCAUAGCAGGACAUGAUCAUGAAGGUGGCUAUUGCUUGGAUCAAAGUACGGGAAUUCACCACCUUACGCUGGAGGGAGUCAUUGAGACGCCACCAGACAGCAACGCCUUUGGAACCAUCUCCGUGUAUGAAGACAGGAUGGUGUUGAAGGGCUUUGGGAGGAUUCCAGAUGUUGAUAUUCUUUUCCCUGACACCAGUCUUUGAGGCAUUGACAACCAAAGAUUGCAAACUGUCUUUAUUGUUUAGGCCAUUAAAGGGUUGAUUUAGAGAAAAUGAGUUUGUAAGAAAAAAAAAGUUGAACUUUGCACAUGAAUUAUUUUGCACCGAACUGAAUGGAUUUCAGCAUAUUGUCAAACAAAUAUUUUAUGAGGGAAAACAAUGUGAUGUCUUCAGGAAGGCCUGUUUAUGAAUUCACAGUCUUUUCCUUUACACUGGCAAGAUUUUUUAAAAAUUUUUGAAUCUAUUGUAUAACAUUUAGAUUUUUUUUUGGUCAAGUCGGGCAGUUUUCUAGAUAUAUUUAUGUCAAUGCAUUGGUGAUAUAUAAACAAGUAUUUGAAGGAAAGGCUUGCUUAAGGACAAAGAAACAAAUAAAAAUAUUUGACAGGUAUAUUGACUUUUGUUUAGAGCUUUCAGCAACAUCUCAAUAUUUGGUGCAACCUGUAUUAAAUCUGAAAUAUAUUGUAAGCACAUUAAAAAAAGGUGGAACAACAA